AUGUCCAUGAUGGCAAAACGCGAAGCAAUCGUCAUGACCGUCGCCGCAAUCGGGGGUCUCAUUGGCGCCAACGCCUUCCUCAAGCCUUCUCCUCACCACAGCAUCAAGGCGGGGAUGGAUUCGCAAUUACAUUCCUAUAAUGUUCAUACCAAACCGCAUAUUGAACAAGAUCCUAUGGAUACGAUUUUUGAUCGCACGGCGUUGAUGGAGAGUGUUAAGGAUAGGAAACCGUGGAAUAAGACGUAUGCGGAGAAGGAGAGGCAUAGAUAG